UUCAGUACCUGAUGAGAGAUAUGUUGGCAUCUAUGCGCCCGUUUGGGGAUCUGCCCCUUAUCUUAAAUCAAUCAAUCUGUGUUACAAUUCAAUGAGGUUUCCCAGGAGAUCGGUUGUUUCGUGUACCACUCAACAUUGGCUCGCCUACCACCAGUGGUACACGUACCAUAGGUUGAGAAGCGCUGCUCUAGAGUAUGUCAUCAGGACCCCUCAGGGACCCACAUCAGUGGGUACGGGGACUGGCACCCCCGAGGUACGCAAGCUAUCCAGUGCCUGGAGAUACAGCUGGGCCACCCUACCUUCGGGGGCUGUAAAUACGAAGGUCUGGUCCUCCAGGUUGGCGUUGGGCAUGGGGUUAACAACAAGGAACUCGUUACGAAAUCAGACGAAGCAACUGCCGGAUGGGCUCAUUCACGGCGGACUGGCAAACAGAUUGUCUGUGAACGAGAAAGAAUGGAAGAAGUUGUUGAAGAAGGUCAGGGCCCAUACAGGGCUGUAGAGCCAAUGAUGAUGAUGUUGAUGUAUGUCGUCAGGAAGGUCAGAGGGAUUCAGGAAGGGCUCGAACUGAAUGGUUUACAUUUUCCUAUGCUAAUGAUGUCAAUCUGCUGGGGGAUGCGGUGGGUACCAUACCUAAGAAUGCAGAAACUAUCCUACAGGCUACCAAGGAAAUAAGCCUGGAAGUAAAUGCAGGCAAAAAUAAAUACAUGGGCGUAAUACAGGACCCUAGCAGCAAUGUCAUUACUGGGGCGAAGCUGUUAAAGAAUGAAUUCUGUAAAGGCCCGUCACCAGAAAUUCACAGGCGACAAUCACAUACUGAUUGUACCGGUUGUGUUACUGCGAUGGAGAAGGCAACGGGAAACCACUCCAUUAUAAUUUCCUAGUAUAAUCAAGCAUGGCAGAAACAAAUUUCUAUGCUGAUCGCCAACAUCCGGACCGGAUAGGCACCUUAAGAAGAAGAAUAUAGAACCAACAACAGAAACGGCGGAACAUAAUUAU